CGAGCCUUUUCUGCCCGACAUUAUCUCCAUCCAGACUCCGCUGGAAAGGAGGUUGAAAUGAGGGAUGCAACCAUGGGAGAGUGACCCGGGGAUAGUUUAUUUACAUCCGAAGAGGCUGUGUAAGUUUAGAGGGAAGCCGCUGCGUGUGUCUCCCUCUUUACUUUCACCGACCCCCUCCUCCUCCGCUGGCAGAAAAUUAUAAAGAACAAAAAAUCCGACGAGGGAGGGAGGGGUGUUGAUAUACGCCGAGGCUGAAAUCGAGAGGCGAACCCAGGGAAAGAGGAGUAAUUUGUACACUGGACUUUCCCCCUCUUAGUCCCCCCAAAGGAGGGGGAAAAGUCGCAAUAUUGGAGACGAAAGGGAAUGAGAUUAUAAGGACGUGAAAACGUCUGCAAUUGUGGAUACUUUAUAUAUUUUUAUUUCGAAAAAAUAUGGCCGAGAACGUUCUGGACUCUGGCCCGCCUUCAGCCAAAAGGCCUAAACUCUCCUCUCCGGCACUUUCCGCCUCCGCCAGCGAUGGAAAUGAUUUUGGCUCACUGUUUGACCUGGAGCAUGAUCUCCCAGACGAGCUCAUCAGCUCUAAUGAACCAGGCCUGGUCAAUGGUGGGGACCUCAGCCAAUUGCACACCACUCUUGGAGGAGGACCUGCAGGGCUGGGUCCUGGAGGAGGCAGUGGAGUUGCAGGAGGAAUGGGACUUGGACUUGGCGGAGCCCAGGAUGCGGUUGCCAAGCACAAACAGCUGUCCGAGCUUUUGCGCUCAGGGGCACCCACCUCGGGACACCAAGGAGCCAUGGGCAGCCAAGGAGGCCCCACCACCAUGGGGCAACACUUGGCCAACAUGAAGGCAUCCCCUGGCCAAGGACCUCCACAGAUGAUGGGCCAGGGGCAGCAGCACCUCUCCCCUCAGCAGCAGGCCAACAUGAUGCAGCAGCAACAGAAUGCUGCAGCUGGAAUGAUGGGUGGCAUGAACAGGGCGAUGAUGGGAGCACAGCAGAAAGGCAACAAUGGACAACAGCAGCCAGGCAUGAUCGGGACCCAAGUGAUGAAUGGCUCUCCCAGGAUGGGCUUUGGGAACCAGGGGAUGGGUGGCAACGGCAACCUGUUGGCCGAGACCCUACAGCAGCAGGGAGCUGGGGGUCAGACCGGGAUGAGAGGCCAGCAACCUGGAGCAAUGAACAAGAUGGGGAUGAUGGGGAACCCAGGGGGCCCUUUUGGAGGUCCAUAUGCAGGGCAGGGGAAUCAAGGUCUGGGAGGCGCAGGGCUGGGCCCUCAGCUCCAGAACAAAGGUCCCAUGGCCCAGUUCAAUGUGGACAAGAAGAACCAGCCCAUGCAGGGAAUGGCCGCCAUGGGCUCCCAGCAGUCACAAACGGGCGUUGGUGGUCCUUCUGGUGCCCCUGUGGGAGGAGCCCCAGGGAUGGUGUCCAACGCUCAGGCAGGUCUGGUGGGUACCCAGGUUUCUGCAGCGUCUGCUGCUGCCGGAGCACCACCCACAGCUGACCCUGAGAAGCGCAAGCUGAUCCAGCAGCAACUGGUACUCCUGCUCCAUGCACACAAGUGCCAGCGGCGGGAGCAGGCCAACGGUGAAGUCCGGCAGUGCAACCUUCCCCACUGCCGAACUAUGAAGAAUGUCCUCAACCACAUGACUCACUGCCAGGCUGGCAAGUCCUGUCAGGUUGCUCACUGUGCAUCGUCAAGGCAGAUCAUCUCUCAUUGGAAGAACUGCACGCGGCAUGACUGUCCUGUCUGCCUGCCACUGAAGAAUGCCGGGGACAAGAGGAACCCGCAGUGUGAGUCUCUACUCGGUGCAGCCGCUGCAGGUCUGGGCAGCUCUCUCGGGGCAGUACCCGGUGGCCAACAGAGUGCUCCCAACCUCAACCCGCCGAGCCAGAUUGACCCCAGCUCCAUAGAGAGAGCCUACGCAGCCCUGGGCCUCACCUACCAGGGCAACCAGAUCCAGGUUCAGACAGCCCAGUCCAAUAUGUCCAACCAAGGCUUGCAAGGCCAGGCUGGCAUGAGGCCUCUGAACCCAAUGGGUGCUAAUGCUAUGGGAGUGAAUGGAGGUGUGGGAGCUUCCUCUCAGAGCCAACAAGCCAGCCUGCUGCAGGAUACCAUGAUGCACCUCAAUGUGAACAGCCAAGGUUUGAUGAAUGAUGCCAGUGGGGUUGGUUCCAUGCCCACAGCAGGCCCUCCCUCUACCUCAGGCAUGAGGAAAAGCUGGCAUGAGGACAUCACGCAGGACCUACGAAACCACUUGGUACACAAACUUGUUCAGGCCAUCUUUCCAACUCCAGAUCCUGCUGCGCUCAAGGACCGUCGAAUGGAGAACCUGGUAGCCUAUGCCAGAAAAGUUGAGGGAGACAUGUAUGAGUCGGCCAACAGUAGAGCUGAGUACUAUCACCUGCUAGCAGAGAAGAUCUAUAAGAUCCAGAAGGAGCUAGAAGAGAAGAGGCGGACCCGGCUCCAGAAGCAGGGUCUGGGCAUCGGGCCUGCAGGCAUGGGGCAGCCCCCCACUGGACUACCUCCAAACGGCCCACUCCCUGACCCAUCAAUGGUGCGACCGACUGGACCAAAUCAGAUGGUGAACAGGAUGCAAGGCCCAGGUAUGAAUCAGUUCAAUCAGAUGGGAAUGCAGUCUAUGGGCCAGAGGUCCACGCCUCCUCUCUCCAUAGGAGCAUCUGGUAACCAGAUGGGAAUGGUGGGGUCAAGGAUGGGGCAGCCUAAUGUCAAUCAGCUGCAGAACCAGUAUCUGUCCCAGGGACAGUUCUCCGGCUCAGGACCAGGAGUUGGAACAGCUCAGCCUGGGAUGGCCCAAUCCGGAGCACAGGCAGGCAUGGCACAGACGCAGAUGGGCAAUUCUCCUUCUCUUCCGGUUGCUAGUCCUCUAGCACAGCCAGGUUCAGCUAGUGGUCCUAGUGGCAUCUCCACAGUGGGGCCCAUGGGACCUCAGAGUGUGGGUGGCGGAGGUCCCAACUCAGCCCCUGCUCCCUCAAUGACUCCAUCUAACACAAACCAGCAACCAAACUCCAUCCCCCAUUUGGCAGCCAUGCGUGGCUCGCCCUCCCCUGCUCACAGCCGUUCUCCCACUCCUCAUCAAACACCCCCCAGACUCGCUGGGUCGCAGACCCCACAGCCACACACCCCUAACGCACCACAAGUGGGUCCUCCUUCAGCCCCCCAGCAGAACCAGCUUGGCCAGGGCCCCGGCUCCAACAAGUCCCUCCAACAGCAGCACAUGGGCUCAGCUGGUUCGACAACUCCAUCUCAUCCUGGAUUGGCCUCCAGUUCAACGCCGCAUGGUGCUCAGAUGCCGCGCACUCCGUUGUCCCAGAAGGGUUCAUUCCCAGGGGACAGUCAGGCCCUGACUCCAGCCUCUGUCAGCAGCCUGGACACUUCCUCCCAGCAGCCCCAGUCGAACGCUUCAGCCGGCAACCUUGACCCCAAGAUGGAGAUCAAACAGCAGGAUGAGGAGGACGAAAGCGACCCCGGCAGCUGUUCCAAAGGAGGGAAGCUCAGCAACCUCAAAACCGAGGAAAAGCCUGUGAAGUUAGAGGUGAAAAAGGAAGAGUGUUACGGAGAAGGAGGCAAAGGGGUUCCCAUGGAUACAUCGACGGCAACACCGACGGCGAGCAUAAAGACGGAAGACAGGAAACCAGAGAUAAAGAAGGAGGUGAAAGACGAAGAGGAGACGUCGGAGGCAGCUACUCCACAAGCCCCAGUGAAAAAGAAGAUCUUCAAGCCAGAAGAGCUUCGUCAGGCUCUGAUGCCCACACUCGAAUCUCUCUACAGACAAGAUCCAGAGUCUCUGCCCUUCAGAAUGCCUGUAGACCCACAACUGCUGUGCAUACCUGACUACUUUGAUAUUGUGAAGAACCCCAUGGACUUGUCUACUAUCAAACGAAAGCUGGAUACAGGUCAGUACCAGGAACCUUGGCAGUAUGUGGAUGACAUCUGGCUGAUGUUUAACAACGCCUGGCUGUACAAUCGCAAAACAUCCAGAGUCUACAAGUACUGCUCAAAGCUGGCCGAGGUUUUUGAGCAGGAGAUCGAUCCUGUCAUGCAGAGCCUGGGCUACUGUUGUGGGAGGAAGCUGGAGUUCUCCCCUCAGACACUGUGCUGCUACGGAAAGCAGUUGUGUACUAUUCCCAGAGAUGCUGCUUACUUCAGCUACCAGAACAGUUCACCAAAAUUUGGGCUUAUUGCUAACAGGUACCACUUCUGCGAGAAGUGCUUCAACGAAAUCCAGGGAGAGAUGGUUUCCCUGGGCGACGACCCUACCCAGCCACAGACAUCGAUUAACAAGGACCAGUUUGAGAAGAAGAAGAAUGACACACUGGACCCUGAACUGCUUGUUGAAUGUAUGGACUGUGGGCGCAGGAUGCAUCAGAUUUGUGUCUUGCACCAUGAAACAAUCUGGCCAUCGGGUUUUGUGUGUGACGGCUGCUUAAAGAAGGCAAACAAGACCAGGAAAGAGAACAAGUAUUCUGCCAAAAGGCUGCCCCAGACAAAGUUAGGCUGUUACCUCGAGGCAAGGGUGAAUGACUUCCUGAAGCGCCAGCCCCACACGGACGCUGGAGAAGUCUUCAUUCGCGUCGUCCACGUCUCUGACAAAGUGGUGGAGGUGAAACCAGGCAUGAAGUCCAGAUUUGUGGACAGUGGAGAGAUGUCGGAGUCUUUCCCAUACAGAACAAAAGCCCUUUUUGCAUUCGAGGACAUUGACGGAUCGGACGUCUGCUUCUUUGGUAUGCAUGUUCAAGAGUACGGAUCCGACUGCCCUCAGCCCAACCAGAGGCGAGUGUACAUCUCCUACUUGGACAGUGUACACUUCUUCCGGCCUCGUUCUCUAAGAACAGCAGUCUACCAUGAAGUCCUCAUCGGCUACUUGGAAUAUGUCCGGAAGUUGGGCUACACCACUGGGCACAUCUGGGCCUGCCCACCUAGUGAAGGGGACGACUACAUCUUCCACUGUCACCCUGCGGAUCAGAAGAUCCCAAAGCCCAAACGCCUCCAAGAGUGGUACAAGAAGAUGUUAGACAAAGCUGUGGCAGAGCGGAUCGUGCACGAUUACAAGGAUGUCUUCAAGCAGGCGACAGAGGAUCGUUUGACCAGUGCCAAAGAGUUGCCUUACUUUGAGGGUGACUUUUGGCCCAAUGUGCUCGAGGAGAGCAUCAAAGAGCUGGAGCAGGAGGAGGAAGAAAGAAAAAGGGAGGAAAACAGCACUUCCAAUGAGAGUAUUGAUGACACAAAAGGUGACAGUAAAAAUGCGAAGAAGAAGAACAACAAGAAGACAAGUAAGAACAAGAGCAGCCUUAGCCGAGCCAAUAAGAAGAAGCCGGGGAUGCCCAAUGUCUCAAAUGACCUUUCACAGAAACUCUAUGCCACUAUGGAAAAACACAAGGAGGUAUGGAACAAUAUGGUGUUCUUUGUUAUCCGGCUCAUCGCAGCACCCAUGGCAAAUGCCUUGCCCCCUAUUGUAGACCCAGAUCCCCUGAUGGCCUGUGACCUCAUGGACGGCCGUGACGCCUUCCUGACAUUGGCCCGGGACAAACACCUGGAGUUCAGCUCCCUGAGGAGGUCCCUGUGGAGCUCCAUGUGCAUGUUGGUAGAGUUGCAUAACCAAAGCCAGGACCGCUUCGUCUACACGUGUAAUGAGUGCAAGCACCAUGUGGAGACUCGUUUCCACUGUACCGUCUGUGAGGAUUACGACCUCUGCAUCACGUGUUACAACACUAAGGGCCAUGUGCACAAGAUGGAGAAGUUAGGCCUUGGUUUGGAUGACGAGAGCAGCAACCAGGCUGCCGCAACCACUCAGAGCCCUGGAGACUCUCGACGCCUUAGCAUUCAACGCUGCAUCCAGUCCCUCGUCCACGCCUGUCAGUGUCGAAACGCAAACUGCUCUUUGCCGUCCUGCCAGAAGAUGAAACGCGUCGUUCAACACACAAAAAGCUGCAAGAGAAAAACCAACGGUGGUUGCCCCAUCUGCAAGCAGCUUAUCGCGUUGUGUUGCUACCACGCUAAGCACUGUCAGGAGAACAAGUGCCCAGUUCCGUUCUGCCUGAACAUCAAGCACAAGCUCCGGCAGCAGCAGCUUCAGCACAGGCUCCAGCAAGCCCAGAUGCUAAGAAGGAGGAUGGCCAGCAUGCAGAGAGUGGGCCAGUCCGCUCCUGGAGGAGCUCCCGGGGGCAAUGGCCUGCCUUCUCCAGGAGCCAACAAUGGAGGAACUGGUCCUGGUACCCCUACAUCCGUGGGCACACAGCCUUCUACCCCACAGACACCCACUCAGGGUAACAUGCCUGCACUUCCUCAGCAGCAAGGAGUGGGGAUUGGCGGAAUGGGGGGAAUGGGAACCCCAGGCCAGCAACAGCAGGUUCAGCAGCAAGGGGGUGCCAUGCCCCCUCAACACCAUCUCCAUCAGUAUCAGCCAGUGGGCGGAGGAGGUGGAGGGGGAAUGAUGAAUUCUCCACAGCAGCAGAUGGUGCCUCAGCUUCAGCAGCAGCCUCCAAAUGUCCAGCAGCAGCAGCAGCAGCAGCAGCUCUCUGGUGGUUUGCCUCCAUACAACCCCAGGCCACCUGUGGCUUCUCCUCUCCACCAGUCCCUGGGCAAACCUGGACUGGGUCCAGCCACCCCGCCCCAGCAGCAGCAGCAACAACAACCCAACCAGGGACAGGGGUCCCUGCCUGCACAAGGCCAGCAGCAAGGGCCCCCUCUGGCUGCUGUAGAGACAGCCCUAAAAAUCCAGCGCCUUGCAGAGACCCAGAGACAGAUGGCUCAGGCCCAGGCUCAAGCCCAGAUACGUGGCUUGGGACAGGGGGGCAUGAUGCCCUCACAUCCUCACCACCAGAACACCCAGGCCCAGAUGGGGAUGCCCCACAUUGGGGCCCAGGGUAUGCCCCCCCAGGCUCAGGGAGUUGUUGGCAGGACUAUGUUAGACCCACAGCAACAGGGAAUGCAGCAAGGCGGUCCUCAGUUGCAGUUGCCACCCCAAGUUCAGCAGCAGCUCCAGCAAGUUCAGCAGGGAGGGGGUGGACAGCUACAGCCCGCAAACCAGCAGUGGGGUGCUGGUGGACCAGCCAUGAACCCACAACAAAGGCCAGGCAUUAUGAGUCACAUGGCACCACAGCAGCAGCAGCAGCCACCAGUUGGUCAGCAGCAGCAAAUGAAUCCGCAACAAGCGGCGCCAGGAAACCGCGGGCUAAUGCAGGUAAUGGGUGUAUCAGGAGGGCCGGCAGGGGCACCCAACUCAAUAGCUGCUGCAGCUGCUUCAGGAAACCUACCCCAGGCAGCACUACAAGACCUCCUGCGAACACUGCGCUCUCCUAGCUCGCCCCUUCAACAGCAGCAGGUUCUCAACAUCCUUCGUUCCAAUCCAACCCUUAUGGCCGCUUUCAUAAGGCAGAGAGCAGCCAGGUAUCAGGGUGGCCCGGGUGGAGCAGGAGGGCCUCCACAAGGGGGCCCUGGAGGUGUGAGGUUCCAAGGUGCUGCCGGAGUACUGCCGGGCAUAGGUGGGCCUGGGGCUAAUCAGCUGGCUACCAUGGAUGGGCAACAGCAGGUUAAUGUGAACCAGGCAGGCCAGCCAGGGAUGAACAUGGCUCAGGCUGGAGCAGGUGGAGGAAAUAUGCCCACCAUGGCUCAGCUUCAGCAGUUACAACAACAACAACAGCAGCAGCAACAACAACAACAACAAUCACAACAACAACGUCCAAUGUUGCCUGGGAAUCUUCAACAACAGCAAAUGGCUGCAUUACAACAGCAGGGAGCAAUGCAAGCAGGUCAACAGGGCAACAUUACCAAUAUUACUCCGCAGUUCAGAGAGCUCUUGAUGAGAAGACACCUGCAGCAGCAACAACAACAACAACAACAACAACAACAACAACAACAACAACAACAACAACAACAACAGAUGGGAAACCACGGGCAGUUCCAGCAGCCUCAAGGACUCCAGCAGCAGCAAGGCCAGCAAGGUUUCAUGCAGCCUGGCCAGGCACAGCCAGGGAUACCCCCCCCUUCCCAAGCCCAGCCUGGGGGUGGAGGCGUAGGGGGUGCCCAGCAGCAGCAGGGAGGACCACAGGGCGGGCCAGGACAGCUAGGCCAGCAGCAAGGCUACCCCAACUCUAUGUCACAAGUAGCUGCAGCACUCCAACAAAGGAUCCAGCAUCAGAUGCAGAUGCAGCAACAACAGCAGCAACAACAACAGCAACAACAACAGCAACAACAACAGCAACAGCAGCAGCAACACCAACAACAACAACAACAACAGCAACAGCAGCAGCAACACCAACAACAACAACAACAACAGCAGCAACAGCAGCAGCAGCAGCAGCAGCAACAACAACAGCAACAGCAGCAGCAAAAUCCAAUGGGAGGGCUACAAGGACAAGACGGAGGGCCCGGCGGAGGCCCUCCUGGGCUCCAGCCUGGACAAGGCGGACCAGGGCAGGGGCAGCAACCACAAGGGGGAGUUGGUGGAGGGGGGGGUGGGCCUCCACAUCCGCAGACGUCUCAAGGAAUGCUUCACCAGAACAUCCACCAGAGGCUCCUGCAGCAGCAGCAUCUGGGUGGGGGCUCUCCAGCCCAGCACAGCAGUCCUAUGAGUCCCCAGCAGCAGAUGGCGCAAUCCCCCCACCCCCAUCUCCAAGGACAAGGGGGGCUGGGUCCAGCAGGGUCGCUCAGCAGCCAGGUCCGGUCGCCUCAGCCCUCGCCACGGCCGCAGUCGCAACCUGCGCACUCCAGCCCGUCCCCGCGCAUGCAGCCCACCUCCCAACCUCAACCUUCACCCCAUCGCAUUUCCCCGCAGACCCAGACUGGUUCACCUCAUCCGGGGCACCUAAGCCAACAUCACCCCAGUAUGGCACCGCCCCAACCUCCGCAGCAGCAGCAGCAGCAGCAGCAGCAGCAGCCAGGUGGUCCUGUAGAUCCUGGUCAGUUCAGCUCGGACCAGAGCUCCAUCAUGUCCCAGCUGAGUGGUAUGACAGGGAUGCAUGGUGGACAGGGGGGGCAGUCGGACAUGUUGGGUGGGAAUAAUAAUAAUAAUAACAAUAAUAAUAAUAAUAAUAGCAGCAGCAACAACACCAACAAUAACAACCAGGAGCUGGGAACGAACAUUAACCACAACAGUUUAGACCUUAUGUAGCCUUGACUCCAUUCUGUCUUGAUGCUCUGAUCAGUCGCCCCAGAUGACAAGCUGCCAUGAAAGGAGAUCAAGGCGGGACUACGGUUUUGGGGUUUUAGAAGUUUUUAUUUUUUAUUUAAAUAUUUUUGUGAUGUAUAAAAUAAGAACUGAAGCUUCCUUCCUAUGGGAGAUGCAACAUAAAUCUUAGAAGUCAAUAAAUGAAUAAAUUAAAACAAUGGUAAGUUAUUGCUGUUAAUAUAUAUCUAUAUAUUUUUGCCAAUUGUGUACAAAAAGGUGGAAGGGCAGUGUUUCAGGUUGAAAAUAUUUCUUUCUUAGUCUAUGACAAUAUUUUUGGGGACUGAGAAUUUUGCCUUUUUACGAAUAUUUUUAAGAUUUUAAAUGUGGCUAAAAAUUAAAGUGAGUUGACACGAUGUACCUUUUUUAUUGUUUUGUUUUCCUACCCAGUCCUAAUUGUAUCUAUUUAGCAGAGAUUAAGUAUAUUUUAUUUCUGACAUUUCUUUUCCCUCGAUGAAUCGUAAUACAAGCAUCAACAUAUCUUCUGUCACAGGAGUCUUUUUUUUCUGGACAGUUUUUACAGUGAUGUACAUUUUACAGUGACUGCAACAAUUCACAUAUAUAGAAUUUGUUUUAUAUGAUAGGUGGGUGGGAGGCUGCGUUAAAUUUAAAGUUUGAUUUUGCCAUUUUCUUUGUUUGUUUUGACGGAGUGUAUAGGUUGGAAUUAAACCUCAACAGUGUUUAAGGUAGUGGGUGCCACUGACCGUGAGUUUGGUCAUAUUUUUCUGUAAACAAUGACCAGACCCGCAGAACAAAUCCUUGCACCCAUGGGCCACCUCUCCAUCUUCAGUUUUCCUAUGAAUGUGCACACCUUCCUUACCCUGACCCCCACCCCGCAGAAGAUGGAGGGAUGAACUGUUGACGUCCAGUCGUCCAGCUGACUGAAGCGUGUUGUGGCCGUUUCAAGCUGGCUGAGGUUGUGCGUGUACAUAUAUUACAACCUCGUUUGUGUUGUGAUGUCGUCUGUUUUUAAGGCUGCAGAGGUUUAACUAAAUCCUGCCUGUAUAUAAUUCCCCCCCUCACACACACACACACACACACACACACUUUCUCUGUCACCCUCAUGACUGCCCGUCAGCCACAAGAUGGAAUUCAUUGUCAGUACUGUACAAAGUAAGAAAUGGUGGACUUAGAUACUGUUUUUGUAAUGAAAGUGAAAGAUGUAAAAAAAGAAAAGCUGUACAUACUUUAAAACCUUAUGAGCAAAGCAAUGAUUUUCUGCUGCUUGUUUCCCCCUCUUGUUUCUUUGGAUAUUUGCUGUAUCUGUAAAAACUACAAACUACUGUACUGCUUGUAAAAGGUACCGUAUGGGGUGUAGGAGGUCACAAGCACCAAUGCGCCUUUUUCUGUGUAUUUUUGACAAGGUUUUAGGUAGGGAGGGGCUAUUGCAACAAGUCACACACCUGAUCUUAAAACUUAAGAGACGUGAAGCCGCACGAAGUGGAACUGAGACGGGUUGGUUAGAGGUGUGAUCUGAAAGAGUUUAAAUUUGGUCUUUUAGCUUUUUAUGGAGAGGACUGAAGACACAAUAUUCACAUGCUCACUAUUUUUCUCAAAAGGUUGGGCUUGCUGGGUAUGGGGGAAGGGGACGUAUCAGAACCAGGUGGCAAUAUAUCUUGAGACUUAUUUUAUAAGAA